AUGGUCGUCGCUUCGCGUCUGGCAUGGAUUCGGCCGCAGGUCCUCCAGGGCGCCAUCGUUCACUCCUCUGCGGACUACGCGGCCAUGCAGGGGCGCUUCAAGGUGAAGCUGACCAUCGACACGAGCAUGCAGGUGUCGCCCUGCCUGGUCCUCCUGCUGAGGAUGACGAUGACGAUAACGGAGCUGGAGGGGCUGACCCUGGUGGCGGAGGUGGGGACAGCCAUGGGUGACGCGGUAGCGACCCUUAGGGUGAAGGCGGCGCUGACGUAUGGCUGUUCUUGGGCGGAUCUAAAUAGCCUCGUCGAUGCGAAGUUGGUGGCGGCCCAGCCCCUCGCUUGCCUGGCGUUCCUCGUCUUCCCGAGUUUGCUUGGAACCGAGAUGCACCCGGGUUCCAGCUGCCGCCCAGUGGUGACGUGGAUGUCCUUCUCCAGGAGCUUGUCCCUGGAGUGCUGCGCGGUGGUGCGGGUGCAGACCUUCCUGGUGAAGAACUCCUUGGAGUGCUACCUGGUGGUGCGGAUAUUCGGGGUUUGUCGGUUCCUGGGGGCGGGGGGGCUCACGGAGUGCUGCCUGGAGGAGUGGUUCCUUCGGGCGCAGUGCACCAUGGAGUGCUAUUUGGUGGUGCGGAUCUUCCUGGUGCAGCUCGCCCUGGCGGGGGGAGUAGCUCCAGCGGUCUACCUGGCGGUGCGGAUCUUCAUGGUGAGCCUCGCCCUGGGGCAGCGUUCGUUGGCGUACUACCUGGCGGUGCGGAUCUUCAGCGUGAAGUGUUUCCUGACGGAGAGGCCGUUUGUAGGGUGCUACCUGGAGGUGCGGAUCUUCCUGGAGGAGGGUUCCCAGGAGGGCUACAUGGCGGUGCGGAUAUUAUUGGUGAAGUUUUUCCUGGAUGAGUGGAGGUUUGUGGAGUGCUGCGUGGCUGUGCGGAUCUUCAUAGGUCGAGGCGCGGGCCUGGCCGACCCAGGCCCCGGCACGCCGACGCGGCUGCCCGCGACCUCGCGGGCCGCCCAGGGAGGCCCUCGCCGCCAGGGCCGGGUUCGCCUCGGGGCUCCUGGCGAGGGCGCGCCCCCCGGGAGGGCUGCCGCGCACGCGGGGUCCUCGUGGUCGCCCACCGCGUCCUCCAACAAGGCCACGGUCUCGGCCGCGGCGGCCAUCAGCGAGAGCACCGCCGAGCUCCGAAGCAGAGGUACCACGAACAGCAGGGACGACCGCCCGAAGGUCGCCGAGCUCUACCGCGAUACUUGCGAAAAGAGGCGCGCGGAGGGCGAGGCUCCGGAGCUGCGGCGAGACCCCGGGGACGGCCGCGAGUACUGCAGGGCGUGCUGGGAGGGCCACUACGGCCCGUCCACGUGGCAGGAGGUGGCUCGCGAGGCCCAGGAGCCUCAAGGCGGCGCCACCCGCGAGGAGUCGGCGCUGCCCCCGCCGCCGGCCGAGGCCUCCCGGGCCGCUGCGGCCAGGCCCCCGCCGCCUCUGGAGUCUAGCGGCUCGCAGCUUCCGCCGGCGGAGCCGCCGGCGCGGCCGCCCAGCCGACUGGACGCGUUCGCGGCGGAGGUGGAGGCGCUGAGGCUACGGUGCGCCGCCGAGGGGGACGUGAAGGAGGCCCUCGAGAUGCAGCAGGAGGAGGUGGACGUGCUCUCCGAGAUAUUCGGCGACGCGCUCCGCAGGCUCAGCCGUGAGGGCCAGCGGCCCGUGGUGCUGCGCCUGGAGCUGCCGGUCGAGGUGGAGGGCGGCGGCUCGGCCGAGCUGGUCGUCCUCACCCCCGAGGGCGAAGUGCCCGCCGGAUCCGUCCGCUGCCUGCCAGCCGCCGCACUCCUGUGCGCGCUGCCGGGGCGCUACCCACUGCCCGGCGCCGGGGCCCCCGCCUUCGUGCUCGAGGCUGGGCACCUGGGCGACGAGGUGGUCCGUGAGCUGGGGGCGUCGUUGACCCAGCUCGCCGAGGAGGCGGACGGCCAGCCAGUGCUCUUCCAGUGGGCCUCUGCCCUGCAGGAGCGGCUCGUGGCCCCGCGGCGGCUGCUGAUCCGCCCAGACGGCCCGGGUGAGCCCAUGGAGGCUGCGCUGCGCCUGCUGGCGCACGCGCGGCGCGUCGAGGAGGAGCGCCGCGAGAAGGAGGUGCACGUCUGCCCCUUCUGCUUUGACGAGACCCUCGGCUCCAGGGGCCUGUUCCUUUCAUGCGGCCACUUCGGUUGCCUGCCUGGGGACCAUGGCUCGCCUGCACGUGUCCGAGGGCAACAUCGCCGCGCUGUGCUGCCCGGCGGGCGACUGCCGCGAGCCUUUCGACCCGGAGAGCCUGCGCGCGCUGCUCGGCGCAGGCUCGGCGGAGAUGGCGCGCUGGGAGGAGCUCAGCCUGCAGCAGGCCCUGCAGGGCAUGGGGGACGUGGUGUACUGUCCCAGGUGCGACGCCGAGGGCACCGGCAACCGCGUGGCCUGCAUCGAGGACGAGGACCGCAUGGCCCGCUGCGGCGCGUGCGAGUUUGUCUUCUGCGGGAAGUGUCGGGGCGCCUGGCACCCGGGCGUGCAGUGCCAGAGCGCGGACGACCGCAUGGAGGCCCUCGAGGCCCGCGCGGCAGGCAGUGGCGCCGAGGCAGCAGCGGCCCGCGCGGAGCUGCUGACGCUGCGGCACGUGGCGCGGACCACGAAGCGCUGCCCCAAGUGCGAGAUGGCCAUCGAGAAGACGGAGGGCUGCAGCAAGAUGCACUGCCGCAGUUGCGACACCAAGUUCUGCUGGCGCUGCGGGAAGGUGAUCGAAGGUUACGACCACUUCGCGACUAG